AUGACAAACACUAAUGGAACACCAUUCCAAGUUCCUAUGCUCACAAAAGAGAACUAUGGGAAUUGGUGUAUUCGAAUGAAGGCCUUGCUUGGUGCUUAUGAUGUUUGGGAACCGGUAGAGUCUGGUGUUGAUGACGCAGAAGAUGUCGCAUCCACAAAUAAGAAAGAUCAAAAGGCACUCACUCUCAUCCAUCAAGGUUUGGAUGACAAGAUGUUCAAGAAGGUUGCAAAUGCGACAACCUCCAAGAAAGCAUGGGACAUUCUUCAAACUUCCUUUAAAGAUUACAUUUCAAGAGUUUUGGCUAUUGUCAAUCAAAUGAAAAGAUAUGGCGAAGAGUUGAAGGAUGAUAGGGUCGUUGCAAAAAUACUACGAUCCCUAGAUUCAAAAUUUGAUUAUAUUGUUGUUGCUGUUGAAGAGUCCAAAGACUUGGACACCAUGACCAUAAAUGAACUUUCGAGUUCUUUGCAAGCCCGUGAAGAAAAAUUGAAGAAACCGAAAGAAGAAUCGGUUGAAAAGGCAUUGCAAGCAAAACUUUCCUUCAAGGAGAAAGAUGAAAGGCGUGGUUCACAGCAAAGAGGUCGUGGAAAUGGAAGAGGUAGUGGUAGAGGAGGAAAAGGUGAUAAUUCGGAGGAGAAAAACAACUUUGUGAAGAGCAAAAAUGAAGAUGAAGAUGCCACUCUACUUCUUGCAUGCAAAGGAGAAGAAAGUGAUGAAAAGAACAAAUGGUACCUUGACUCCGGUGCAAGUAGUCAUAUUUGUGGAAAGAAAAAUUUAUUUGUGGAGCUUAAGGAGCUAAAUGGUGGCCCAAUCACUUUUGGAGACUCUUCACGAGUUCAAAUCAAAGGAAAAGAUUCAUCUUGGCUUUGGCAUAUGAGAUUUGGCCACUUGAAUUUUGAUAGCCUAAGGUUGAUGAAGAAGGAAAGCAUGGUGAAUGGAUUGCCAACAAUUGAUCAUCCCAACCAACUUGUGAAGGAUGUCUCUUUGGAAAGCAAGCAAGAAAAAGCUUUCCUAAAGAGUCUUUAA